GUUGAAACUAACGUCGCCGCGCAUAGGAUCCCUCUCUAUCAAGAAGGCUGAAGCACGUCUCUCCUGCGGCUCGCUGUCGCUGACCCGCAACCCCCUCCGGCCCUCCCGACCCCACCCACAAGACUAGCCGUUGCCCCCAACGGCCAAAUCCCCCGCGCCGCCCGGCGGCCGUGCAUAAGUACCCACGCCCCUCCACCCUCCCACUGCACCCAAACGCCCACCCAACCCAAAACCGCCACCUCCCGCUCUCUCGCCGUCUCGCUCCAACGCAAGCGGCGGCGACCCAUCGAGCAGAGCGCGCGCGAUCAGGUCGGAUCCGGCGAUGGCGGGGAAGUCGCACACGCGCAAGGCGUUCCUGCUCUGCAACUACGUGCUCCUGGGGGCCGCCUCCAGCUGCAUCUUCCUCACGCUCUCGCUCCGUCUCCUGCCCUCCCCGUGCGGCCUCCUCCUCCUCUUCCUCCACGCCCUCACCGCCGUCUUCUCCGCCGCCGGCUGCUCGGGCUCCUUCACCGCCCCGGCCACGCCCUCCCAGUGGCACAACGCGCACACGGCCGGCGCAGCGCUCACCGCCAUCUUCCAGGGCGCCGUCGCGCUUCUCGCCUUCACCCGCACCUCCGACUUCCUCGCCGAGCUCCAGUCCUACGUCCGCGACGAGGACGGCGUCGUCAUUCUCAAGAUGGUCGGCGGCCUCGGCACCGCCAUCUUCGUCCUCGAGUGGGCCGCGCUCGCGCUCGCCUUCUCGCUCCGGCUCGACGACGAGGACGAGGACGGGGACGAUCACGCCAAGAACUGGCAGUCCUCGUACCAUGUCUGAUGACCUCUCGGCGCAUCCACUCGUGACCCAGCUGAGUGAUAUGAAGAUUCGUUAAUUCUUUGCGUGCUGUUCUAGUAUGUACUAUUGAUGUCAUUCUUUUGUAUUAUGGCUUCACAUUAUGUUCACCUAAAAUGACAGCAAAUAUAUAUUGCUUGAUAAUGAUGCAUUCAUCA